UGUGUUGAGACCGAGAAUGUUUUUUUUUUCAGUCGCAAAGUUUAAGCGUUGCCGAACAGACGUAACUGAAACAAGCGCAAUCGGCAGAAUAUAUAAUAAAAAAGAAGAAGAAUUUACACAUAUUUUCUGUUGUUCUAAGCAGCGUUGUUGUUGAAAGAAAAAUAAAAGAGUUUCUUAUGCCGAUGUAAAUGAAUUUCAAGUCUCGAUCAACUUAAAAAAAUCGCAAAAAUUUUUCAAACUUCUCGCUGACUGUUUACUGCGUUCAAUCAAAAUCAAGUAAAGUAAAAAGAAAAGAAAAAUAAAUUUCGCGCGCGUGUGGAAAAAAGCCAAUCAAAGAUUAAAACGAAGAAUAAGAAAAGAAAGGAAUCUUAAGUUUGUCAAGAUGAGUUCAUUGGCAAUGUUCGCUAAUUUGGAUGUUGAUAAAUUGAUAACGGACAUAGCAGCACGACCUGCAAUUUGGGAUAAAAACUUCAACGGACGACAGAACAAAGGAUUCCUUGAAGAUACCUGGGAAGAAUUGGCUGCGAUCCAUAACGCUCCGAAGAAAAUAAUAAAAGCGAAAUGGAAAGGCUUACGAGACAAUUUUCGCAUUCAAUGGAAGAUGAUACCACGCGAUGAAAAUGAUCAGCUGUUGGUAUCGCCUGAAGAAUUUACUGGCACUAAGUGGCAAUAUUAUCGACCGUUGUUAUUUCUCGCUGAUAACAUGGGAAAGUCUCGAAAUAGCUACAACAGUCAUUACGAUGAUUCGAAUUAUGAAUUGUUGCAUCAAUUUGAACCAGCAAUUGAGAUUCCCAGUGAUGAUGAGAUAGGAGAAGACACAAAACCUGAAUUGUCGCCAAAGUUACACCAAAGAUUGAUGGCAGCUGUAAAAACACAACGUGAUCCAUCACCACCUUCGAAUCCACAGAACCUCUCAAAGUCAAAUGCAAGACCUCCACCAAAACUUCGUGCCAUUCCUCAACUUAAUCUUAUGGAUGUUCAUUCGAUUUUAGCUCGAUCUGCUGUAGGGCAAACAACAAUUUCACCAGCUCCAGCUCACAUGAACCCACAAUUCCAGAAUCCUUCGUCGUCAACGCCUUUCAAUGGAAAGCGAAGAAAGACUGACGAAGUGACAACGACGGGAUGUGGCGCUAGUUCAAAUGACGAAUAUCCAUCAGCAUCGAGUCCAAGUGGAAAUCUCCCCAACUCAUCCAACGAUGAUGAUUACCAUUUUCUUAUGAGCUUGCAACCGUAUCUGACACAAUUUACCGGACCUCAAAAAUUACGCAUUCGAAUGCGAAUACAAAAGUUAAUUUUUAAAGAACUUUACCAAGAUGACAUCGAUGAUUAAUUAAACUGUUUUUAUACGAGUUUUGUCAAAUGUAGAAUGUAAGUUACAAAGUUUCUGAUUUGCCAUUGAUAAGAGUUAAUUAUAGACAAGAUUAAACGAUAAAAGCUUAGAGUAUAGCUAUGCUUUUUACAUACAUAGCAAGCAUAAGAAUUACAUAAAUAAAAACUUUAGAGAAAGUGAUGG